AUGGCUCCUUCUACUUCCCUCCGUCUCGUGGUUGUUUCUUCCCAACACCCGCUAGAGAUAACGUACGAUGAAGGCGGCAAACCAAUUUUACCGCUAGCGGAAGCGGGUAAGGAUGCGUUGGAUGCGUUUAACCAUCCACGGCUCCGACGAGCUCUGAUUUUCGAUUCUCUGCAUGCCGCCGCCUCGAGUGACCUCGAGUUUGUGGUUCCCACGGCCGUCGCAUCUGAUUUAUCUAUCUAUGCAAGCGUUCAUUCCCAAGGAUUGCUAAAAUUCCUUAGCACGGCAUGGGAACGAUGGGAUUCCCUCGGUGAAGAAGGACAGGAUCCGUCGGGCUGUAUGCCCGGUAUAUCUGGUCAAGGAAUUGCGACGACGCCACCAUUAAUUCCUUCCAACCGCCCUCUACCUCGAGACUCUGUGCAUCGACCUUCACAACACGUUAUUGGACAAGUUGGAUACUACUGUACGGAUGAUUGUACACCCAUCUUUGCUGGAAUUGGGAAGGAAUUGGUGCAAGACGCCGCCACCACUGAGGCCGCGGUCCAACGGGCCUUGUCCGCCCCGGGGUCCGCCGCACCGCCGGCGGUUGUGGUGUACGCCGUUCCCACGCACCCGGGACAUCACGCCGCAUACGAUAGCUUUGGUGGCUACUGUUACGUGAAUCACGUCGCGGCGGCGGCGCGAUUGUGGCAAACGUACACAAUACGCGAUCCCACCAAAGCGGUCAAGCCAAAAGUCGCCAUUCUCGACGUAGAUUAUCACGCCGGGAACGGCACGGCGUCCAUAUUUUACGACGAUCCGACUGUACUGGUAGUCAGUAUUCACUGCGAUCCGGAUUUCGACUAUCCUUUCCACAGUGGAUUUGCCGAGGAAACGGGCACCGGUGAUGGGAUGGGCGCUACCUUGCAUUUGCCGCUGGCUCCCGGAGCGACUUGGAAGGAGUAUGCCGUGGCGUUGGAGCAGGCUACGGCCAAGAUUUGUAGAUUCGAAGCCCAGCUGCUAAUUAUUUCCAUGGGUUUGGAUACGUAUGAUCAGGAUCCGUGCACUAUUCGGCGGGCGGGAUUCCACCUACAAGGAGAAGACUACUGUCGGAUGGGCGAAAUGAUCGCCAAGAAUGCUCCAGCGGGCAUUCCAACACUCUUUUUCCAGGAAGGUGGCUACCGUAUGGAGAAACUUGGCGAGGCAGCCGCUAACGUAUUGACAAGCUUUACUGCGCACCGAUGCUGA